GAAGUUGACACCAUGCUUCCCUUCAUAUUGGCCAUCUGUACAGUGCUCUCGGUAGUGCACGGACAAGACGUCGCGGUCGUUGGCUUCUCUGCUGGAAUUCCUGAAACCAAAACCAUCGCAAAGGACGAGAUUGUCAAGUUUCCUCAGGUUUUCGCCAACCACGGUAAUGGCUACGACAAUAGCACUGGCAUCUUUACUGCCACCAAGCCUGGUCUGUACUACUUCACCCUCAGUGCCGUAUCUCAAAAACAAAAAGCAUUCGGCUUUAAACUGUACUACAACGAAGCUCAUACCUUCAAAAUCUACGGAGUAGGUUCGGAUCCUUCUGUCAUGGGAGCUAAUUCCAUCCUUCUGAGGUUGAAGUCACGUGACAGAGUCUAUGUCAAGACAUUUUUUGAGUCGCACAUCUUUGGCGACAGCGAGGGUACUUACGCCAUCUUCAACGGGUUUCUGGUGACUCUAUAG